GCAGCAGCUGCAGUAGCAGGAGGAUCGCAAGAUGGUAGCAGCGCACACUUCUUCGCACACUUCGGAAUCUGCCCAGUGGAUUAUUUGUCUGGACAAGAGACCAGCAGAGCGUUCUGGAGAAGAUGUCGACAUAAUCCUUGAACGUCUGAGAAACGUGAAGGCCUUCGAGAGAUUCCACCCCAGUUUGCUGCAGCAGAUUUGCCUGUGUGGAUUCUACGAGUGCUUAGAGAAAGGCAUCACCUUGUAUCGCCAAGGAGACAUUGGCACCAGCUGGUAUGCCGUCCUCUCUGGUUCACUGGAUGUUAAAGUAUCUGAGACAUCAAGUUAUCAGGAUGCUGUUGUUAUCUGCACGCUGGGGACUGGCACGGCAUUUGGGGAGUCGAUCCUGGAUAACACCCCCCGACAUGCCACCAUUGUUACACGGGAGCUCAGUGAGCUCCUGCGCAUUGAGCAGAGGGAGUUCAGGUCUCUGUGGGAGAAAUAUCAUCAGUGCAUGGCUGGACUCCUCGCCCCACCCUACGGUGUGAUGGAAAGCAGUUGUAGUGCUGACAGGAUGCCGGACAAAGAGAACAUAAGCAGCAACUCGUUUGUUUCAGUCUCCAAACAUCAGAAAAAGAAGUCAUUCAUUGAAAGCCCAGCCAAAACCCAUCCUAAAUACAUUUAUCAGGUGCCCUCGGAGAAGAUCUUACGGGCUGGGAAGAUUCUCCGUAACGCCAUCCUCUCUAGGGCGCCUCACAUGAUCAGAGACAGGAAGUACCAUCUGAAAACAUACAGGCAGUGUUGUGUGGGGACAGAGUUGGUCGACUGGCAAAUGCAGCAGAGCUCAUGCAUCCACUCUCGCAUUCAGGCUGUGGGCAUGUGGCAGGUGCUGCUGGAGGAAGGUGUCCUCAACCAUGUGGACCAGGAGCUGAGCUUCCAGGACAAGUACCUCUUCUACCGCUUCCUGGACGAUGAACAGGAAGGAGCCCCUUUGCCCAGUGAGGAGGAGAGGCAGGAGAGCCAGGAGGAGCUGCAGGACACCCUGCUCCUCCUCUCGCAGGUCGGACCUGACGCCCACAUGAGGAUGAUUCUGAGGAAACAUCCAUCUGAAAGGACAGCGGAUGAUUUAGAGAUCAUUUAUGAAGAGCUGCUCCAUAUAAAGGCCUUAUCUCAUCUGUCCACCACUGUGAAAAGAGAACUGGCAGGAGUGCUGAUCUUCGAGUCCCAUGCGAAGACGGGAACAGUGUUGUUCAGUCAAGGGGAGGAGGGCACAUCAUGGUACAUUAUUCUGAAGGGCUCCGUCAACGUUGUCAUCUAUGGAAAAGGUGUUGUCUGCACCCUUCACGAGGGAGACGACUUUGGGAAGCUGGCUCUCGUCAACGACGCCCCCCGCGCCGCUUCCAUUGUCCUGCGAGAGGACAACUGUCACUUCCUGAGAGUGGACAAGGAGGACUUCAACACGAUUUUGAGGGACAUGGAGGCCAACACGGUGCGUCUGAAGGAGCACGGUGAGGAUGUUCUGGUGUUAGAGAAGAGUCUCAGCAGCAGUCGGACCUCCGUCCACGGAGCCUCGUCCUCCAACUACAAAUACAAGGUAAUGUCGGGGACGCCGGAGAAGAUUUUGGAGCACCUCCUUGAAAUGAUGCGAUUGGAUUCUCAAUUCACAGAGUCAGACGCAGCCUUAGAGGACUUUGUGCUCAUGCACUGUGUCUUCAUUCCAAACAGUCAACUAUGUCCAGUGUUGAUGGCCCACUACCAUGCCCAGGCCUUGCAGGGCUCUGAGCAGGAGAAGCUUGAUUACACACUGAACAACAAGCGCAGGGUGAUCCGCCUGGUGACGCAAUGGGCAGCUGUACACGGAUAUCAGCUGCAGGAGGAGGACGCCUCGGUGGCCUUCCUGCAGGAGUUCUUCAUGGCCGCCUCUGAUGAUGCCAAAGCGAUUCCAGCCAUCAGGGAUCAGCUGACAGAGCUGGGGAGAAUCGUAAAGCACAACACUGAAGGUGCCAGAGUCUCACAGAAAAAGCACAAAGUCCUUCUGCGGCAGUUCAGCAUGGGAAAUGAGAAGCUUCACAAGCGUCAGCCCAUCAAGGGCAAUGAUGAAAUUCUGUUCAAAGUCUACUGCUGUGACCAUACCUACACCACAAUCCGGGUCCCUGUGGCCACCUCAGUCACGGAGGUCACCGGUGCUGUGGCCGACAAGUUGGGGUCAGCAGAGGACCUGCUCCUGGUCAACCUCAGUUCGGCAGGAGAGAAAUUGAUCUUCAAGCCCAACGAUGUGUCGGUGUUCUCCACUCUCAGCCCAAAUGGACGGCUGUUUGCCUGCCGAAGGGACCAGUUGGAUUCUUUGACUCCUUUACCCGAGCAGGAGGGUCCCUCCACAGGGUCACUGGCCAGCUUUGAGUUGAUUAGCUCAAAGGAUGUGGCUUAUCAUAUGACCGCAUAUGACUGGGAGCUUUUCCACUGUGUGCACGAGCUUGAACUUCUCUACCACACAUUUGGGAGGCAAAAUGUCAAGAAAACCACGGUGAACCUGGAUCUGUUCCUGAGGAGGUUUAAUGAAAUCCAGUUUUGGGUGAUCUCCGAGGUGUGUCUGUGCUCUCAGCUCAGCAAGCGCGUUCAGCUUCUCAAGAAGUUCAUCAAGAUUGCUGCCCACUGUAAGGAGUACAGGAACCUGAACGCCUUCUUUGCCGUCAUUAUGGGCCUGAGUAAUCCUGCAGUGAGCCGGCUGAGCCAGACCUGGGAGAAACUUCCCAGCAAAUUCAAGAAGUUUUACAGUGAAUUUGAAAACUUGAUGGACCCGUCCAGGAACCACAGAGCUUACCGACUGACAGUUGCCAAGCUGGAGCCUCCCAUCAUUCCCUUCAUGCCGCUGCUGAUCAAAGACAUGACUUUCACUCAUGAGGGCAACAGGACAUUUAUUGACAGUUUGGUCAAUUUCGAAAAAAUGCGAAUGAUAGCUAAUACGGUGAAGACCAUGAGACACUGUAGGAGCCAGCCGUUCAGCCCAGAUUCACCUCUGGCCAGCAAGACCCACCCAGAAGUUCGGACUUAUGUUCGUCAGCUCAACGUGAUCGACAACCAACGGACGCUUACUCAGCUCUCUCAUGAACUCGAGCCUCGCAGGUCUUGAAACCAGUCAGGGACAGAAGUGUUCCAUUCUGAUGCUGCUUUAUGAAAAGUCCUUAAAGUGGGACGAUCGUUCUCCAGUACAGGCAAACACAUGGAGGACCCAAUGAUGUUAUCACAUAAUAAGAUGUUGUUUCAGAUGCCGUUGCCUGACUUGUUUAAGCCUUUUAAUUUUGCAGUUAUUUGUACUUUGGCAGGUGAACAACCUCUCAUAUCACUGUGCUGCCGAUACUGUACCACCUUCAUCUCCAACUCAAACAAGGGGGACAGUUGAAGAAAUCAAAGAUUUUCAUGGGAUCUAAACUUCAGACGUUAACACAACAAUAAUUGAUGCUGAUGCUUUAAAAAUACAAAAAGGCCAAUUAUAUUCCUGAUAUCAUGUUAUUUCAUAACUUUUGUAUCAAACCAUAUUUAUACAUAUUUAACAUUUGUGAGAUUCCUGUGUUGUAAAUUGUGUACAAAUAUUUAUUUUGACAUCAGCAUGCGAAGGAUUAUGACUGUUCGACUUUUUAUUGAUGUGAGCACAUUUCUCGUGUCUGAAUGUCUGAAAACCUUGCGUGUGCUGUAAAUAUUAAAUAUUUUAGAUGUA